AUGUCGCCGACCAAAAACUUGAAGAAGAGAUCUGCCAAGCAGGCGGCAACCUUUGGGAAGGCGAAGAAUAAGAGGUGGACUGGGGAUAGGAAUGGGGAUGAGAAUGUGGUUAGCCAGAGCAAACAGCCAUCACCACGGCACACCCGUGCAACUGAGAAAACAGCGCGAGAGGAGUUGGCAGAGUGUCGCAAAGUAGUUUCACGUGCGGACAGAACAAUCAGGGACAUUGGAAACAGGUUAUCAAGCACGCAAGGAGACUUACAUGCUGCACUCAGGGAACAAGAAGCAACAGCCAGAGCACUUGUCGAGAAAGAUGCCGAGAACACGCUACUCCGACAGGGUCUUGAAGAGACUAAGGUUGAGCUUGAUGAACAGGGUUGGGACUUGGGAAAGUCAAAGGUCGAGUUAGCAGAAACAAAGCAGCGGAUUGCAACAAACAAGGAGAAGGAAAUGAAGACUAUCCGACACCUAAGCACUUCAAGACAAGCUCUCCAGCGUUCAAAGGACUCAAAGCAGAAGCUUGAACGUGCCCUGAAGCAGCUUGAGGGGUGUACCAUCCCAGGUUUGCAACAAGGAGCUGCAGCGGCACUACAGCAGCAGCAAGUUGUGCAUGCACACAAAACCGGACAACUUCGCAUGGAGCUAGGCACUUGUCAGCAAGAGAAAAAUCGCCUCAAAAAGCAAGUUACUGGUCUGCAGAACAAGGCACGCUUGUUCCAGAUGCGAGCUCUGCGGGCAACGCGUGCACAUGCCAAGGGGAAAAACAUUGGUCCAACAUACCAGGGGGUUACAAUGAAGCGGCUUCUCACUCGUAAAGGGCCUGGCAGGGCUUAUUCUGGUGACCUGCGUGGGGUUGUCCGCAAGUUGGGUGGAUUAGGGUGUGCACGAAGUGCUAUUGGAGAUAUUGUGCACACAGUUCUUGGGUCAGCCGGAGUUGAUACAUCAAGCAAAAUCAGCCGGCGUACCGUAUCAAGAAUGGUGUUGGAGGGAGGAGUGGCUUCGCAGAUACAGGUCGCUCAGGAGAUGAAACAGGCAACUGCCAUUACUAUUAGCUCAGAUGACACAGGCCAUCGCGCUGUGAAUUACAGUGCAAAACAUGCCACCGUGACAACACGCGAGAACGAUGGCAGUGUUAGCCACCACAUCCGCUUGCUUGGGGUUGAUUCAACACUUGAUCACUCGAGCUUGAGGCAAGCAAACGACUGGGAGCAUAAAAUACGUACUUUGGCAGCCCUUUACAAUGAGUUCAUCACUGUGGAGGAGGCCGAUUCGGAGAGCAGCACUGGUAAAACAUUCAAUGUCCUUGAAUUCACGCGCAAGCUCAAAGGGAUGCACGGUGAUCAUGCGGCCGAUCAAAAAGCAACGUUCAAGUUUAUUCAAGAAUGGAAAAAGCGGAAUGCUUACCUUGGGCUGGGAUACGAGCUUCUCGAUACAGGGAGCUAUCCCUCUGACAAUCCUGCAUAUGCGAAUACCUGGCAACAAGCCAGGGAGACGCUUGCACGGGAGGUUGGAGGCGAACAGGGUUGGGCCAAAUUGGCACCAGAAGACCAGGCUAUGCAUAACGCGAAGAUGGUACACGAUGUUGCGAUGGAAUGGGGGAAAACCAAGGGGUACUCAAUUUUAGAAAGUUGCAAAGUGGGUUAG